AUGCGCGUGUCCGUUCUUGCCGCCGCUCUCGCGGCUACUCCUAUCCUCGCCUACCCUGGCAUGAAGAGCACCCUGUCAGAGAUCCGUUCCCGUGCGGACAAGGACGGGAAUGGCGCUGACGAUGGCGACUCCAACGAGCUCAUCGGCGACCUCGUCACCCUCGACGACUCAAAGUUCACCACUGUUGGCAAGAGCGUCAAGCAACUCCUCACCGGCUCCGGCACACCUGAGAGCGACGAGAUCUACUCUAUCUCCGCACGCGGCGGGAACCUCGCAGCCAAGGACUCCCAAGCUUGCGCUGCUGACACGUGCUGCAUCUGGAAAUACAUCGCCAACGACCUCCAGGGCGUCUUUAAGGGGGCUUCUGGCCGUUGUACGGACCUUGCUCGCGCUGCUGUUCGUCUGGGAUUCCACGAUGCUGGCGGUUGGUCCAAGAACACUGGUCCCCUUGGUGGCGCCGACGGCUCUAUUAUCCUCGCCCCCGAAGAAAUGACUCGUGGAGAGAACAGAGGUCUUGAAGAGAUUGUCGCGCAGACCAAGGUUUGGUACAACCAGUACAAGAAGUACGGCAUCGGUAUGGCCGACCUCGUUCAGUUCUCCGCCAACGUGGCCACCGUUGUAUGCCCUCUUGGACCUCGUAUCCGCACCUACAUCGGCCGUAAAGACUCUGCUGCACCCUGCCCUAACGACCUCCUUCCUCCCGUCACCGGGUCUGCCGAUUUCUUGAUCCAGCUUUUCGAGAACAAGACCAUUAAGGCUCACGGUCUGACUGCUCUCAUUGGCGCUCACACCACGAGCCAGCAGCGUUUCGUCGACCCCAACCGCGCCGGCGACCCUCAGGACAGCACUCCCGGUGUCUGGGACGUUAAGUUUUAUAAGGAGACCCUCGGCUCUGCCCCCGCCCGUGUCUUCAAGUUCGCCAGCGACGUGGUGCUGGCCAAGGACCCUCGCAUCAGCGCCGAGUUCCAGGCCUUUGCAGGCCCGGGCGGACAGUCCCACUGGAACGAGGACUACGCCCGCGAGUAUAUCCGCCUUUCUCUCCUCGGCGUGGAUAACAUCAACGACCUGACGGAGUGCACCAAGGCUCUUCCCGCUCGCACUGGCAGCAGUUUCACUGCUCCUGACCAGGCUGCCCUUGACAAGUGGCUUGCCACCACCGACCGUGUUGCUAAGAUUGCCGAUGCGCUCCGAAACGGUGGCAACAUUUCCAGUCUCAUCAACACUGUGAUGGGGUGGCUGAAGGGAAUCUUCAAUUUCCGGUGGUAG